GAGCGGCCGCGCGCGGGCGGCGGUUUCCAUGGCGAUGGAAGAUGGCGCCCAGGAGCCGCCAGCGCUCCUCGGCCCCGCUCCAGGUCCUGCUGUUCCUCAACGGCUGGUACAGCGCAACCUAUUUCCUCCUGGAGGGAUUCAUCUUCGUGUACAAGGUGCUGCUGCUGCCCUACCCCUUCACCAACCUGGUGCUGGACGUGGUGCUCCUCUUCCUCUACCUCAGUACUGAAGCCACUCGCAUCUUCUUUGGCUCCAAGGGCAACCUGUGCCAGCGCAGGCUGCCCCUCUCCAUCAGCCUGGCCCUGACCGUCCCUGCAGCCGUGCUGGCCACCUACUACCUGCUGCUGCAGACCUAUGCCCUGCGCCUGGAGGCCAUCCUCAAUGCCAUCCUCCUGCUCUUCUAUGCUGGGGAGCUGCUGCUGGGCAUCCUGGCACUGGUCUCCUUCUCCAGUGUGGACUCCUACUGAGGCCACGUGCCAUGCCAAAGGACCUGGCCCAGAGGGGCAGAGAGUGGCACAGGUAGGCGAGGUGGCAGGGAGCUGGUGCCAGGGGGCUGGUGCCAGGGAGCUCGGUGGGUCUGUGAGCUG